UUAGCUGUCCACUGACGCAUUAGCUAACUACUGCGCAUGCGUGAUGCCGCGUCUCCCCUCCGGUCCACGGGGUGGCGCUGCUUGUUUGUGCGCCUGCGUCAGUGAAGUACAUGUGACAUUGACAUCAACAGAGGCACAAUGAGGCUGACUGCUCUCCUAUCGAUGGCAGCCAGGGUUGUUGUGCCCAAAGAUUACCACUUUGGCACAAACAGACCCUGGACUGCUGCUGCAAAGAGGCUGAAUCCUCCAGGUAAAAGGAGGAGAAAGGUGUUUGUGGAGCCCAUAGCAGCUGAGGACUGGUCCGUGUUCAGAGGGGAUAGGGUUGAAAUUCUCGCAGGGAAGGAUAAAGGAAAGCAAGGGAAAGUGAUCCAAGUCUUCAGACACAGAAACUGGGUCAUCCUGGAAGGACUGAACACACAUCACAGGUACAUCGGAAAAACUUGGGAUUACCGUGGGACCUAUAUUGCCAACGAAGCACCCAUCCUGGUUCGCGAUGUUGCCCUCAUUGACCCUUCAGACAGGAAGCCCACUGAGGUGGAGUGGAAAUUCACAGAGGAGGGCGAGAGGGUCCGAGUGUCUCUCAGGACUGGUCGGAUUGUCCCGAAACCUGUAGUGGAGCGGCGAGACGGCAUUGUGCCACAGCAAUGGAAAGACGGUCCCAAAGACACCACUCCAGAAGACACUCUAGAAAAGACCUAUGUACCAUCUCUGAAAACCCUGGGCGAGGAAGUCAUGGAGAAACUGGGCAUCCAGGAGAACAGGAGGCAACGCACAUCCCACUGGUACUAACCACAGAUAUCAGAGACACUCAGGCCACAGUUGUGCCAUCAAGUUUUCACAGGGCCUUUGGAGACACCUUGUUUUGAUGGGAGUCUAAGAAAUCAAAAAGAGACUGUAAGUAACUGGAGAAAAAGGCUUUUAGACUUAAAAGCAACAUUCAGACGUUAGGGAGGAAGCCGCUUUGUUUACAUGUAAAAAGAGGAAUCAAACAUGUAGACAAAGCUGCUAACAAACCUAAAUUAAAUACUUCCUGAACGGGUGCAGCUUCAAUAAUUCUUUGUCUGUUUCUUUUUAUGUUGUUAAUAAAUAUCACAAGUAUGA